GACGAAAGCUUUUCUCUGGUGUCCCUCCGACGGACGCCUUUGCUGGCAGCUGCAGAGGCCGGCCACGUCGAGGCCACUCGCCGGCUCCUGGAUGCAAAGGCGGAUGUGAAUUACCAGGACGCCUCUGGCUUUCAUGCUCUCUACCUUGCUGCUGGAGCCUCUGGUGGGCAGGAGGCUCUGAAGCUUCUUUUGGAACAUGGGGCGGACCUACAGCUGGUGAACAGAAGCGGUUACACAGCAUUACACAAUGCCUGCGGCUGUGGUCAGACUGACAACAUUCGUUUGCUGUUGGAGGCCAAGGGCGAUCUCAACGUGAAGAGCUGUAGCGGAGCAGCGCCUGUGCACGUUGCGGCGAUCAGCAAUCGUCCAGAAUCUCUGGAGGUGCUGAUGCGGUUCAAAGCCAAUUUGGACAUGCCAGCGGUCGGCGGCAACACAGCUGUCCACGAAGGUGUCAUGCAGAACAACCCUGACAUCAUUCAGAAGCUGUUCGAGCUCCAGGCAGACAUCAACAUUGAAAGCGGCCCGGACAACCAGUUGGCAACGCCACUGAAGAUGGCACUGGAGAGGAAGAAGAAGAAAGCUGCCAAGUUGCUCAAGGAUCUGGGUGCCUCUGAGCAGGUGCCUGGAGGCAACAACCUCAUGCAGGUCCUUGACAAGUCCAAGACGAGCACCGGAGAAUUUAGGUUGCGGCGGCGGCCUUUGCGCUGA